CCACUCCAGAAAAAAUGGGUACACAAUUCUGUGAAUUCACCGGCUUCGUGUAUUUUAUUUUACGUUUUUGUCGCUCCUUCGUAUAUUUAUUACUCCCUUAAUUUGGUAAAAUAGGAGUAGUAUCAUUUUAAUUCCCUUAAUUUUUUUAGUUUUAUUAAUUUGGUAGAAAAGCUGGCGCUAUCAAACGUGGCGGCAUGACGGUCUUGCUUCUUGGAGAACACAGCAAGAGAAAGUAGUGAGAAAGAAGACGGCCCACUUUCUUCUUGAACAACUAUCGGGAGCUUAUCAGUAUUUUUGAUUCCUUUAAUUCGAUUUAUACCAAACUAAUUUGGGUUUUGUGUGAAGUUACAUAAUCUCUAUUCGUCGACUCUGCUUCGUUUUUUAUCUCUAAACAGGUAAAAAAAAUACCCUUUAGUUUCAGAGGUUUCAAUUUCAAUUUCAAUUUUUUAUUUUUUAUUUUUUAUGUGAUCAGUUUCAAAGUUUUGUUUAAGACCGCGGUUUCACGGUUUAUGGUGAUGAGAUUUAAAUUCGAUCUUUAUAUGCUGAUUGGAGUUGUGAAACGUUGAAAUUCAAGUUGAAACCAGCAGGAAGAUUGUUUUUUUAAUUGAAUUGAACUGUUGUGUCUAACUGAAGAACCCUUUUGCUGGUUUCUUUGUAUCUCUUUUCUGAUUGCUGCUCCAAGUGAUCAAAUAUAAGGAUAUUUCCAUGUAAUUGUUGUCAAGUGACAUACUUGAGGCUGAGGUUUUGUAUGGAAUUCUGGAGUUGCUUUUGACGGUUCUGCAGUUAGAAAUGGUGUCUCCGCUCAUUUUUACUUUUCCCAGAAAAAGGUUUUGGAAAAAGUUUGCUCUAUUCUUCUAUGCUCUGUUCCAAUGUAGUUAACAUUGAUUUUCUUGCUUGAUAACCUCUCACUACCUCUCUUGCUGUUUAGUUCUUUCAAGAGCAACAUCUUUUGAACGUACCAAUUCUCUUAAGAAUGUAUUAGUUUUGAAUAUGGAUUUCCUGUUCAAUUAUCGCUCUAGUAGUGCUGCUAAAUAGGAGUGCUUAUCGAGGUAUCCAAAUUAUAUUAAAAGUUGCUAUCUUGCUUGCUUUUUGUGUGUUGCUUUUUGCGUGGUAUGCUUACUUCUCUGACUAAUAUUCAUUUCCUGGAUGUAGUUUGAUGAAUUGAUUGCUUAACGGUAAUCACACUUUUGGUUUCUAGUUCUAAAGAUUUCGGCAGAAUAUUCUUGAUCCGGUAUAUUUUUUCCAACUUGCAGUCAUAAAAUGGAAGAACUGCCCAAAGCAUCAUCACCUAGCAAUGCUUUUGAUUAUGAGCUUUAUGAAGGAGAUCCUGAACAUCUUAGGACAGUUGUUGCCACGCCAAAUCAGCCCAGUCCUUAUAUUGAACCUAACUCAUUGAAGCUUAAGUACAGGAUAGGACAUGGGGUAUUUGGAGAUGUUUGGUUGGCUACUCAUCACCGGUCAGGAGAUGAUUAUGACGAAUAUCAUGAAGUGGCCGUGAAGAUGUUGUAUCCUCUACAGGAAGAGAACAUAAAACUGUUUAUCAAAAAGUUCGAGGACUUUUGGGUCAACUUCAGUUCUCGUCGGCUACAAGGUGUUUGUUGGUUGCAUGGAAUUUCAAUUAUAUCUGGAAAGAUCUGCCUGGUUAUGAAAUCUUACGAGAAAUCAGUUGGUGACGUACUGGCUCGUUUGAAAGGUGGAAAGCUUCCAUUACCUGAUGUGCUAAGGUGAAUGAUGAACAUUUUAUUCAUUUUUCAUUUUGUCUUUAGAAUAUCUGAUGUUACAGUAGAUGAUUAUGAUAAUUUCAAUAUUUUAUAGGUACGGGAUUGAACUGGUCAAAGGUAUCCAAGAGUUGCAUUCUAUAGGACUUUUGGUGUUGAACCUAAAACCAACAAAUUUUCUCCUGAAUGAUCAGGGAAAAGCUGUUAUUGGUGACUUUGGAAUUCCGUAUCUGCUUCUUGGGAUUCCUCCAGUCAAUUCAAAUUUUGCUUUCAGACUUGGCACCCCAAAUUAUAUGGCUCCCGAGCAGUGGGAACCAGAACUGAGAGGGCCAUUAACCUGCGAGACUGACUCAUGGGGUUUUGGGUGCUGUGUUGUGGAAAUGCUGACUGGUAUUCCACCUUGGUUCCGGAGAUCAAGUGCUGAAAUAUAUCAUUCAACUGUGAUCAAUCAAGAAAAACCACAGCUUCCAAGUGGUGUUCCUGCAGCGGUUGAACAUAUUCUUAAUGGUUGUUUUGAAUAUGAUCUCCGAAAUCGUCCUUUGAUGCAAGAUAUAAUACUAGCAUUUGAAAGAUCACUGGAUUCUGUUUCCAGCGAUGGGGAAUGGAUUGGUUUCAAGAGUACGCUUCUUUUAGAUAAGUCAAUCCCUAGUCAUACCUCAUGGUCACUUUCGAAAGAUCAUCUUCAAAUUGGUGACACAGUGCGUUCAAGGAAGAUAGCAGAUUCUCAUGCUCCUCAGACUAUGGCUGUCGCAGAGGGUACUGUUGUUGGUUUGGAAAAGGACUCUGAUCAAGAUGGUUUUGUGCUUGUCCGAAUCCCUAAUUUGCAGAGCCCCCUGAGGUUGAAAGUUUCAACCCUCGAGAGGGUAACUUCUGGGUUGGCAGCUGGGGAUUGGGUUUGCUUGAUUGAGGAAAACAACAAACACUCCCCAGUGGGUAUUUUGCACUCCAUAGAACGUGAUGGAAAUGUUUCCGUUGGGUUCUUAGGUCUAGAAACCCUUUGGAAAGGGCAUUCUUCAGAGCUCCGGGUCACAGAGCCAUACAUUGUUGGGAACUUUGUCAGGUUGAAAUCGAGUGUUACGGAUCCCCGCUUCAAGUGGCCUCAAAAAGGGAGAGAUACAUGGGCAACUGGGAGAGUAACACAAAUACUUCCAAAUGGAUGCCUGAUUGUUAAAUUCCCAGGAUUGCUGUUUAUUGUAGGAGAAUGUCCCAGUUUCAUGGCCGAUCCAGCAGAAGUGGAGCUCGUUUCUUUUGAUACAUGUCCUAGCCUAGUGGAGAAGUACCACCAUGUUGAGGAUUUUCAUUGGUCUGUACGGCCUUUAGCAAUUGCAUUCGGCCUCUUUGCAGCAGUACAGAUUGGCAUCUUUGCAGGGAAAAAUAUAGGAGGGAAAUUGAAUUCCAAGGACCGAAAGAUUCAACUAAACAAUGACAAGGACGAAAAGAUUCAACUAAGCAACAAUGAUAGCCGUGGUCAAAGUGUCCAGGUUGGUAGCAACACGCCGCGGAGGAAGUUCUUCUUUAAGGAUACUGGUCCUGCUUCUAUUACUGCUUAGUAAACAAUCUGUGUCAUGAACUCUUUAGAUUAUGUGGAUCACCUGUUGUUUGAUACUAACAUCCAUGCCAAGUAAAUAUAGAUAAUCUCAAGGGUAGAGUUUCGGAAUUUGACAGAAUCCUUGGUGGUGGUUUGGACUUUGGACUGUAGGUUGACAGCAUCUAAAAAGGGUAAUAAAAUGGGUUGAUAGUUUCUCCUGUAUUCUUAGUAAAUAAUUGGUUCAGUAAAUAUGAUGCAUGGAUGGUUUCAAUAAUGAGAAAAAUUGCACUUAUACUAUUUGCGAGACAUUUGCUAUGUACUCUCACAUGUGACGGCCUUUCUUUCUGCAAGUUUCUAAUUUUUUGUGUUAAUUUAGAAAAAAUAGGAAGACAUCAU